AUGUCAUCAGUGGCACUCCAAUCAUCUGCUUCCCUCUGCUCUUCUUUCAUUUCCCAACAUCCAAAACUCUCCUUCACUGCUUCUCCAUCGUUCCAUAACAAAUCCACAAAACCCAUCACUCUAAACCGGAAGAUUGUGGCUCUUGCAGCUCCAGAGACACUCACUUCUGAACCACUCUCAGGAACUGAUGUUUCCGACACUCCACUACCAAAACAAGUAGUGAACCAACAAGAGGAGAAGGCAAGAGUGGUUCUCAAGUUUGUAUGGAUGGAAAAGAACAUAGGUUUAGGAUUGGACCAGCAUGUCCCAGGACAUGGAACAAUCCCACUUAGUCCUUACUUCUUCUGGCCAAGAAAAGAUGCUUGGGAAGAGCUAAAGACUACUCUUGAAGCUAAGCCAUGGAUCUCUCAGAAGAAGAUGAUCAUUCUCCUUAAUCAGGCCACUGACAUCAUCAAUCUUUGGCAACAAAGUGGCGGCAACUUAACUUCCCAAUAA